CCAAGCCUAACGGAAGAAGAUCAGGAGCAGAAUGCGGCAGGCACACUUCACUUCCCAGCUCCUGCUGGCCACAGCCAUCCUCUACGCUUGUCUGGCACCCGCAUCCUGUGUCUACGAAUCGGUGAUUCUCAAUUUCCUUAACGAGUUUCGCAUGCGUAUGUGCCACCCCAUUCCGAACCUGGGACUGCCCGCCCUGGAUCCCCUGCAGUUGGGUCCGGCCGAGGCAGCGGUGAACAAUAAAUAUCUUGUGGACUUUACUGGAUCCAUCGAUGACUUCAAGUUGCAGGGACUAUCCGAUUUUGAUGUGCCCACUCUUACCCUGAGGCCGGUGAUCGGACUGACGAGCACCAUGAACAUUACCUUUCCCCUCACCCACUUUGAGUCCUUGUACACGGCCAAGGGAUCGCUUGCCUACAUCCUCAACCUAGCCGGCGAUGGCAAUGCCGAAGCCUCCAUCACUGACUUUUCGAUCCGAAUCUCCUUCCGAAUGAGAUCCCUGUCUCCGCUGGGCAUCUCGAACCUGCAAAUCGCACUGCAUCUUGGAGAUCUUAAGAUCAACUUCGAAAACCUGCUGGAGGAGGAGCGAGUGAAUGAGUUUAUUCACGCUCUGGUCAACGAAAUGGGCGUGGAGCUGCUCGGUGAUGUUUGGGACUAUGGGCAGGGCACAGUGGUUUCCAAAGUUCAAACUGCUGUCAACCAUUUCCUGGGUCAGUUCACAUUGUCGGACAUAAUUUCCAUCAUAACUGGCGGAGGAAAUGGUGAGGAGAGUGCGCCCAUAUUCGAGGGAGUUGAGCCCGACUGCAAACUUGAGGCCAGCACAAAGAACUAAGACUGAAACCAACCUCUUACAUAAGUCCCUAUAUUAAUAUAGGCUAAGAAAUAUACCAACAUAUGAAUA